UGAGGGCGCGCCGACUGGCGACGGGUCCCGUUUCCGUGUGGGAUCGGCGCGCCCCGUCGCCGCAUCAGGCCGCACCGGCCUCGGGUCUCGGGGGGGUGCCUUCCCCGACCCGUGGGCGUGGCGCCCGCGCGCCGGGGCCACGGAGCCGCCGGAGCGCCGUGGAGUCGUAGACUCGGGGCAGCCCGCUGGCACAUGUUUCGGGUUGACCCAAAAGGGGGUCCAGCGACAAGGGGGUGGUGCAAUAGAUUUGGUGCAAUAGAUUUGUGGGGUUGCAAUACAUUCGAGGUGUGCAGUACACUAGGUCACCCAAAAUGUUGGCCUCGGCGCUGUUGGGAGCCCAGGCUGACGCCUCGCGAAUGGCGAGACCGAGAGAAGGCCAGGGGCUCGUCACGCGCACACGCGCAGCAGACACUGGCGGAUCAUAUGCUUGCGCAUAAGGUUGUGUAUUUCCAGGGUCCCGAUCCUUCCUGUUGGGGAGGCCAUCGCAACUGGCAUGCCUGCUGCACAGUAGAGAUCGCGGCUGGGUUUGUGGAGAUGCUGCCCCCUGGCAACACCCAGUGCUGGACGCACGGGCUCACGUUCGAGCGCUGCUGCAUCGGGCACGCACUGAAGCUUUCAGUUCCAGGAUGGAUGUUCGCACCAAUUCAAGGGGACGGUGAUCAAUUGCCUUCCGACCGGUUGCCAGGCGGUUGCCCAGAAGCUUAUGAAGCGUAUGCCAUUGUCGGAUCUUUGGAGGGUUUUCCCAGAGGCGAUGCUUGGUGGUUCCAUGCGAUUCAUCCUUUCGAUCCUAUUGUUGAUCCUCACUGGCACGUAGUGGAGAGUGGCCACCUUUUGUUGUGGAUCCCUCAGGAGCUCACUGGCACUGUUGGCAUUCGGAGGCGCUUCAAUUCAACAUCUCAGGCUGACGCCGCACUGCAUGUGGCUAGCAUCGUGAUCGAGCCUGACGGUGGGUCCGUGUUCUUCCAUCAGUGGGCCUGCGUUGCGGGGCCGCCAGCGUUAGCGUAUAACAGAGCUCGAAUUUUGGCUCGAACGUGGGCUCCGCUAUGGAAUGCUAUUGCGUACGAUUGGGUGGGGCUUUGGGUUCGUGAGCUCCCUUCCACUUGGCGUCGCGCUCAAUCUCUGGGCCAAGCAGCAGACUUGGACCUUCUCUCCAUUGAUAUCGUGCACGCCCAGGAGACGAGACCUAUAUGCGUAGCUGCUGGAGACUCCGAACCGGCAUCUUGCGAUUGGAGCCGCAUGCCGUCUUUCGUGGGGAUAGUCGUUGUUUUUUGUGCAUUACCAGGUCUCGCAUCAUUACCACGAGCUUCAACCGCUUUGUUUAGCAGCGAUGGCAGCGCCUCGAUUAUCCUCGACGUGUGGCGUGUUGUGAUGACAGUCCUAGUGGUCUGCGCACAUCUGCAGAAUGUGCCAGUCCUUCAGGAAUAUCACAUUUCAGGGAACUUGUUGGCGUUAGCCCUUUCGGUUCGAUUGCAGGGGGCACCUUGCGGUGUUCUUGCGCGUAUCGGCCGCCGGUUUGCCCGUCAGUUGCCAUUGCGAGCAGUCGUUUGCUUGCUCUGGUUAUUUUGUGUGCGUGGGCUCUUCAGCCUCUCAUUGACAGGAAGGCCGUGGUUGGUACCCAGGCCUCUGCGGCACAAAGCACACCUCCUGGACGAGACUGCAAGUAUGGCGACUCGCCAUUACGAGGAGUCUGGCUGGGGCUUUCUCUCCGAGCUGUUUGUUCCACCAUCGCUUUGGUUCAGUGUCGGCGAGUAUCCCAUGAAGGUCAGCGUGAACAUGUGGUUCUUCCGGGCCGAGAGCACUGCGUGGGUGCUGGUCAUGGUGUGCAGAAGGGUGGGCGUUGUCGGCUGGCUGAUGCUGGGUGGUAUCGUCCUGGCUGAAGUGCGGAGCAUCGUUCUCGGUGGUGCAGAUGCCGACCGUGAGGAAUGGGACACUCCAGCCAAAGCGUUUCCGAUUAUCGUCACUGCCUAUAUCUCGGCGUCGGCUUGGCGCACUGCAUGCUGCGGUCGCCGCUGGUAUGUGCUCGCUUCAGCUGGCAUUCUUGCAGCGGGUGCGGCUUUGUGGUUUCAGUGGUGUGCGCUUUGCUCGAAUGGCACAGGCAACAUGGCUCCGGGAGCCAGGCGCACGGCCUGCUGGAUGGUGGCGCUCUCGUGGAGCUGCCUGUACACCAUCGGCAUGGUGGGAUGCUUGGACGUGGGAGCCAGUGGCUUCUCCGUGGUGUUCCGGGCCGCACCAAUCCUGCGGGCGGUCUUGGGAUCUUGGGCCAAGCUUGGCUUCGGGGUGUGUGUGGUCGGGGAUAAGGUCAUAAGCCUGUUUUGGACGGGCUUGGACACUCGCUUCUGGGAGCGCGCACGAGCUGCCUCGCUCCCGCAGUGCUACGUGACGGCUUUGGUGGCCUCGGCCGCUGCUUUUGUAUUCAUCCAGACACCCGCGCAAAUUGCGUGCGAUUGGCUGUGGAGCAUGGCCCCUGGUCUCGCCAGCCGUGGAUACGUCUGCAAAUCGGGUUCAAGCAAGGUGCAUAGUGAUUGAUCUGUUGUCAUGAGGAGCGCUUGGCU